AUGGCUCUCACGAUCGCCAUCGUCGGUGGUGGAAUCGGCGGCCUUACGGCUGCGAUUGCCCUUCGCCAACACCCCGGUAUUCAGGUCCAAGUCUACGAACGGGCCAGUGAGUUCCAAGAGGUCGGUGCACUCAUAGGUCUAGCCCCUAAUGGGCUCCGGACUCUGGAGAAGUUGGGCGUCCAGGGGGUCUUGGAGGACGAGCUUGGAUGGCGCAACCCAACCGGAACACCCACAUUUACCAAACACUGGAGGGCAGGGGAUGUCGUGUCCAACAAUGCCUACGAGCGAGUACCCGAUCGACGCCAUCACUUUUCCCGCAUGCACCGGGCCCUGCUGCAGAAAGAGCUGUUGAAGAAGCUGCCCGAGGAUAUUCUGCACCCAGGUAAGGAUGUGACUGAGGUGCAAGUGAGUGAGGAUGAUGUCACGGUGUUCUUCAAGGACAAGACGUCGACGACGGUGGACCUCGUUAUCGGCGCGGACGGGAUUCGGUCGCAAGUUCGAAAGACCCUUGUUCCCCAGUAUAAACUUAUGGGCUGGGGGGACGCAAUGUUUCGAGCAACGUUCCCGUAUGAGUUGGUCCAAGACAUUGAGGGUCUGGACCAGGACUCGACUCGGUGGCAAAGUCCGACAUCCUGGUUUUUCGCAUCAAGGCUAGGGACAAAAGGCUACGGGGUUACCUUCAACUUCAAUGCCAACACAAAGGAGCUCGACGACUUGAAGAAGCCACUUGAAGAUGUCGUCUGGAACUCGCCUGCGAGCGUUGAUGACGUCCGUGACGCAUUCAAGGUGCGCCUACCAUCGCCCUCAAACCUUCAACAUCCCACCCAGUCCCGUGAAUCCCCUAAUAACCAUAUACUCCCAGGGAUAUCACCAUCCUGUCCCCGCAAUCAUCAACCGGAUACCACCCGCACUCUACGAAGAUACACCAACGCAUUCGGCCCCAAGCUAGAUACCUGGACCUUUGCAGAUCGAGUAGUGCUCAUCGGCGACGCAGCCCACGCCCACGGAGGCGCUUUUGGCGCCGGAGCCUCGCUGGCAAUCGACGAUGCCUACACGCUCUAUCUCGCACUACGAGCCGUCUUCCCACAGGCACUUCCCAUCUCGAGGCCCAUCCGACGGAGCCACAUUGGCCUAGCGCUGGACUUGUACGAGUCGGUUCGGCGUCCGCAUGCUGCCAGGGUCCUGGAUAUUGUGCUGCAGGAUCGCCAGAAGCAGUUUGCGCGCAAUGAGGGACUUAAAGCUGCUGGAAAAGAGGAGAGCGAUCAAGAUUUUAGGGAGAGGAUGAAAGGUAGAAAAGGUGCGGCCUGGCUUCAUGAGCAUGACGUGGAGAAGGCAUUUCAGGAGGCCAUCACUCGUCGAUUUUCAUCGGGAGAACAAAACGGUCACGGGAACCCGUAG